UCCAAUCAGCACAGGGCCUGCAUGAGUCACUUCCUCGUGUUUGCUCCCUUAUUUGGCCUGGAGGGGGCUGUCCUUAUUUUUGACUAGGGAGGAAAAUGGUGGAACGGAAAGCCAGACAGCUUCAAUAGACAGAGGGAUACCAGCAGUUUUAUCUCUGCCUCUAGACUCACUCUGUGUGAACCUUAAAGUGGCAGAAGAAAAGCAACAGUAAUGGCUGAUGCAGGACAAAUCAAGAAAACUGCAGCCAAAGUGCUGUGCUGCGUGGAGAAGGUGUCCUCCUUCGCCUCCUCCAUCGACCCCAUCUUUGGCAUUGUCUCCUCCCUGGUCGGGGUGGCUCGCAAGGGCCUAAUGGACGAGGAGGCGCACGCUCUGGACAAGGACUUCCAGGCGAUCCACUCCAAGCUAGAAAGCAUCUCCCAAAAGAACCAACAAUGCCUGAGGCAGAUUCGCAUCGAUGAGGUGAACGAAACCUACGGCAAGUACGAAGAGUACAUCAAGCACCAGUACAAUGCCUUCAACACCAUGGUGGCGCAGGUGAGGAAAGAUCCGGGCAAUGCUCAGCGUCACAUGGAUACCUUUGAGAACAUAUAUGAGAGAGACAAGAGCGACAUGAGCCUGGACGUGUACUACCGCGGUGUGAUGGGUACAAACACGCUGUUUGGAAGACCCCUGCUGAAGGUGUACCUGGAAAACUGCGAUGGUGACCGCGAGAUCAUGGAGCACCGCUGUUCACACAUCGCCCACCUCUUCCACAUUGGCCUCAUCGCACUCAUGGCCUACACAGCUGUUACAGAGGACGAUGAAGACGAGGUGCGGGAGAAGUGGGCUAAGAGGGUGGAAGAAAUCCAGAAGAAGAUGCAGGAGGUGCUCAGUCAGUGCAAAGACAAAGAAAAGUCGACCUGAACAUGGACCAACAGAAAGAGAGGACAUCCUCUGGGUUUGAAGGCAACAACACAGGGAACACUACUCUCAGCUGUGGACCAAUGGCAAAAGACCAGUUAUAUUAUAAAUAUAUAUACAAACCAAAGUUAUGUUUUCAUUUAUGCACUUGACUGCACCUGAUAUUCGCAUUUAGUUAUUGUUUUGACAUUGUUUGUUUGUUUCAAAGAGACCACUGUAUAUUCCAGCUGCUCAAUGUUACAUACCAAUAAAUGCUGAAGUUUUAUACAAUCUUCAAUUAAAAUGUAUAAGUUAUUAGUUGAUUAAGUUGUGCAUUUGUGAGUCAGUUCUAUCUACACCAAAACCAAUGAUUCAUGUAUAGAAAAACCAUGCUGUACUAGUUAGUAAAAUUUGUAAUAAGGCCCUCUGUAAGUGCAUAACUCUGAAUUCAACAUGUAUUUAUACUUUAUAUCCAUGCAGCCAAGACAAACCCACCUCUUCUAGAAAAAAACAGCUUGUGAUACAUCUGUUGAAUAUGCCUGAACCCAAAUGAAACAGAAACUGCUUUCAUAAUACCAGAGAAACAAUAAACUAAAACUAAGAACCUAAAGUCAAAA